AUGCCGACAUUCCCUGAUUACGCGCCAUCCCAUCCACUGAAAUCGCCCACGCAUGCCGCCCAGCGAAACGCCCGCGUCGACUGUCCCCAACCUCACCCCGACCGGUCGCCCCACUCCAAAAUCGCCAACGCAGGUCGCCGCCGCCGCCCGCCCCACUCCGGCCGGCCGGCGCCCACCUCCGGCGCGCCAACGCAGUCUGCCGCCACCCGCCCCGCUCCGGCCGGCCGGUGGCCACCUCUGGCGCGCCACCGUAGGCUGUCGCCGCCGCUCCCGACCGCCGCCUGCCCCGCCCCGCUCCGGCUGGCCGGCGACCACCUCCCGCACGCCACCGCAGGGCGCCGCCACUGCGCCCACGUCGGCUCCCGGUCUCUCGACCGGAUAGGUGGAGAUGUAUUUGGGAACAAAGUAAGGUUCCCUUGCCGAACAGCGAGGAAAAGCCGCAAUCCGUUGCUGAUCUCUCCACCGAAUCUCAGAGCAAGACCUAGAGCCUGUGUCAGAAGAAGGUUGUUUCCAAGGUUGAAAUAA